AGAACAUGUAGUAUUUUCCAGAUUAGGUUCUCUGACUCAUCUUUUUCUGUCUCAUACACACUCUCCCUCGUGUACUGUCCUCUUUCUGCAUUGCGGCUAGGGUUUCACCUAAAAAAUCCCUAUUUUUGUUGUUGUUUGUGUACUGAUUUUACAACUGAUUUGAUGGAUAUUCGAAUGAACUAGCGGUUGACGCGGUGGGUUUCACACAUACGAAGGUAAAAAGGGUUUUUGUAGCUCUUGAAAAUGGCGGAUUUGAACCCCUUUGAUUUGCUUGGUGAUGAUGAUAACGAUGAUCCAUCGAAGCUGAUUGCUAUUCACCAGCAAAAAGUUGAUCCGGCGAAGAAAGCCUCAGCUCCGGCGCCGGCGGCGGCUAAGAAACAGCCGGCGAAGCUCCCCACUAAGCCUCCUCCCCCUACUCAAGCUGUCAGGGAGGCAAAAACAGAAUCUGGACGUGGUGGAGGUAGAGGUGGUGGACGUGGCUACAGCUGUGGUCGUGGUGGAGGUGGGUUCAAUAGGGAAGGAUCCAACAAUGAGAACUUUGCUCGCAACAGAGAAUUUUCAGGUGGUAUUGCUGCGCCUGAAUACGUGGAAGGAGGAAGACCCUCUGAAAGACGCGGUGGUUAUGGUGGACCCCGUGCUUUCCGUGGUGGUAGACAAGGUGGUUUUGGUAAUGGAGAAAUGCCUGAGGGGGACCGGCCUCGUAGGACAUUUGAACGCCGUAGUGGUACUGGACGCGGAAGUGAGAUAAAGCGUGAAGGUGCUGGCCGAGGAAACUGGGGAACUGAAGCAGAUGAAGUUACUCUGAUGACUGGUGAAGUUGCUGAUGAAGGUGAGAAAAAUCUGAAUGUGGAGAAACCCUCCACCGAAGAAGAAGCAGGAGUUGAUAAGAAGGAAAAUCCAGCUGCUGAAGCUGCGGACAAGGAGCCUGAAGAUAAGGAGAUGACCCUUGAAGAGUAUGAGAAGUUGCUAGAAGAAAAACGGAAGGCUUUGCAGGCGCUUAAGACUGAGGAAAGGAAGGUCGACACCAAAGUAUUUGAAUCCAUGCAACAGAUUUCAAAGAAAUCCAGUGAUGAAAUCUUUGUCAAAUUGGGCUCCAAGGAUAAGAGAAAAGAGUCUGCUGAGAAGGAAGAAAAGGCAAAGAAGGCGGUCAGCAUUAAUGAGUUUUUGAAGCCUGCUGAGGGUGAGAGGUAUUAUGCACCUGGUGGUCGAGGUCGAGGGCGUGGCCGCGGUUCUAGAGGUUACAGUGAAGCCAACACGAUGAGCAAUGUGGAAGCUGCUCCUCCCAUUGAAGACCCAGGUCACUUCCCUACAUUGGGUGGCAAGUGAUGUGCUUUUUUAGUGCUUUUCUACCACGUCCAAGAGGCAAAUCUGACUAUAAUAAUGGAGUGGAAGUUUCAAUGUAAAUUUCUUCCGUUUAUGUGAUACCCUCUGUAGUUUUAUUUUAUCUGAUGUUUUACUCUUCUGAUCCUACUGGGUUAUAUGAAGCACAUUAACUUAUUUUGCUGUUUUAUUCUAGUAAUAUAUUCUGUGCAUCAUUUAAUGACAAUUCUCAUUGACUAA